UAUAAAUUAAAUUAAAAAUAAUAAUAAUAAUAUAAUGAGUGGAUCGGGAAAAAGUCUUUUAGGUAUGUGGCUUUAUCGCCGAGGUGAAGAAUGGACUCUUAAAGAGGGUAGUCCAUUACAUACAUCAAAAAAUAUUCCGAUAGUUAAAAAUAUGAUAGAAUCAGAUAAAAAAAAUUCAGUUGUAUUUUCAUUGAAAAACCAAAUUGGUGGACUAGCUCGAGCUCUUCAAGUUUUUCAAGAUUUGGGUGUAAAUGUAGUACAUAUAGAAUCACGUAAAUCAGUAAGACGUGGUUCAGAAUAUGAAAUUCUUGUUGAUGUUGAAUGUGAAUCAAAGAUGAUGGAACAACUUACGCGAAUGCUGAGUCGUGAAGUUGCAGCUAUAAAUCUUGCACAGUAUGAACAAACUGGUAGUAUACCACAUCCACCAUUAUUAUCUGCAGCACCUAGUUUUGAUUUUAGUCAAGUUGACAUGCCAUGGUUUCCUAGAAAAAUUGGAGAUCUUGAUCAAGCUCAAAAUGUUCUUAUGUAUGGUACUGAAUUAGAUGCUGAUCAUCCAGGUUUUAAAGAUCCCGUUUAUCGUAAGAGACGACAACAAUUUGCUGAUAUUGCUAAUAAUUAUAGACAUGGACAACCAAUACCUAAAAUUAAAUAUACUCAAGAAGAAAUAAGUACAUGGGCAACAGUUUUUCGUGAGCUGUAUCAGCUGUAUCUGAAGCAUGCUUGUAAAGAAUAUUUAGAAAACUGGCCAAAAUUAGUUAAAUAUUGCGGUUAUAGAGAAGACAAUAUUCCUCAACUUGAAGAUAUUUCAGUAUUUUUGAAACGAAUGACUGGUUUCCAAUUACGUCCAGUUGCUGGAUAUCUAUCACCACGUGAUUUUUUAGCUGGAUUAGCAUUUCGUGUAUUUCAUUGUACUCAAUAUAUACGUCAUUCAUCAGAUCCAUUUUAUACACCAGAACCCGAUUGUUGUCAUGAAUUGUUGGGUCAUAUGCCUCUUUUAGCAAAUCCAAGCUUUGCACAAUUUUCACAAGAGCUUGGUUUAGCUUCUUUAGGAGCUUCUGAUGAUGAUAUUAAUAAAUUAGCAACUCUUUACUUUUUUACUGUGGAAUUUGGAUUAUGUAAGCAAGAGGGUGAUUUACGUAUUUACGGAGCUGGAUUAUUAUCAUCAGUUGCAGAAAUGAAACAUGUAUUGGAAACUAAAGAUAAAAUAUUUCGUUUUGAACCUGAUGUAACAUGUAAACAAGAAUGUGUUAUUACAUCUUACCAAAAUGCAUAUUAUUAUACUGACAGUAUUGAGGAAGCAAAAGAAAAAAUGAGGUAAUUUAAAAAAUUAAAAAUAUAUUCAUAUAGAUAUAUAAUAGAUUAACCGCCUUAAAAUUAAUUAGAGCAUUUGCUAAUG